UACAUGGCCUGAUUCAUGUUGCACAGUGUCAAUGCAGGCAGGGGAAUCUUUAAAAUUGGCGUUGGAUGUGGACUAAUGCCAAUGAUGACCGGUGUACUCUCCCAUUUGGCAUAGAUGUUCGAUAUCAAAUGGAUCACGGUAAUGCAACAAAUUACAAAGGCGGCGAGAAAGAAUAAUCUGAAAAUGAGAUUGAGGUUAGAAAUAUCAAAAGAAGGAUUUUUCGAAAUUACUUUUCCCAGCCGUUCAAGGAGUUGUCCACCAAAUAUUUCAGGCCAUGCAGCGUUGUUUCCUGUAAGUAUUUCUUUAGAUUACCCAGGCAAUAGACUUCCAAUUGUUCUCUACGUUUUGGUUUCCUUGGCUGCUGCUGCUCCUGCGGAUGGGCCAUGGUGAUGCGUUCAAGGGUUUAGCGGCUAAUGAGGCCUCUGGAUUGUGUGGAACAUAUAUCGAUUUAUAAUUUUAAGGUAAUUGGGUAAGAGCUAAAUAGGUAAUGUCCAUUAAUUGGUUACAAGCCAUGGAAUUAGAUUUUAAUGAGCUUUUCCAAUUGCAGCCGGAGAAACGCCCGUUUUAAUCAACCCAAUGGAUAUUUAAUGAAGGCUUUUACUUUGCUGAGUCAUAGGGAGGUCAUAUUGAUUAUGUGAUAGGCCAGGGACUGCACAGAGGCCGGAGAAUCGCCCGUUUUAAUUAACUCAAUGGAUAUUUAAUGGAGGCUUUUACUUUGCUGAGUCAUAAGGAGGUCAUAUUGAUUAUGUAAUAAGCCAGGAACUGCACAGAGGCAUGGCCCAUCCACUGCAGCAGCAAAAACUCAAAAAAAGAGAACAAUUGGAAAUCUAUUGCAUGGGUAAUCUUAAGAAAUAUUUACGAGAAACAACAUUGCAUGGCCUAAAGUAUUUGGUGGACAAUUCGCUAAACAAUUGGGAAAAAUUUUUCUUUCUUUCCGCCUUUGUCAUCUGUUCCAUUACGGUAGUCAAUUUGAUAUCAAACAUCUAUGCCAAGUGGGAGAGUACACCGGUCAUCAUUGGCAUUAGUCCGCAUCCAACACCCAUUGUAAAGAUUCCCCUGCCCGCCUUGACCCUGUGCAACAUGAAUCAGGCCAUGUAUUCCAAGGUUGCCAACUACACCAGAGGCUCCAAGGAAUAUGCUACUCUCCAGUAUCUAUGCUAUUCGGAAAUCAUUCACAAUCGUGAGAUGGAAAAGUCCCCGGAAUUUCAAAACAAUGACAUAAAGCCCGCCGAUUUCAUUGUAAAGCAUUCUCAGCCCUGUUCGCGAAUGAUUGUGGCCUGCCAACUUAGCUCCGUUGACAUGGACUGCAGUGAACUGUUUCGUGAAGUCCUCACCGAAGAGGGUCUGUGCUGUUCAUUUAAUGGACUGCAUCCGAAAUUUCUCUACAAAGGAAAUUAUUACACCCUAAGCAAGCUUGUGCAGAGUCCAGAUAUGGUACCGAUCGAUUGGAAUCCUGAAAAAGGCUAUCCUGCAAAUUUACCCCCAAAAUAUUAUCCUCGGCCGGCCUACGGAACCGGCAUAGCAAUGGGCCUCUCCCUUAUCUUGAAUGCCGAAGUCGAUGAGUACUACUGUUCAUCGAGCAGUUCGGCAGGAUUCAAAAUUAAUCUGGCAAGUCCCGUGGUAAGAUCCCUAAUGAAAGAGGACGGUAUCAUCGUACCUUUGGGUGCGGAAACAAGUUUUCGCAUUGAUGCCCAAAUCACCGAAUCAUCACCAGCCAUUCGCUCGAUAAAUCGUCGCCGACGUCAGUGUGUUUUCUUGGACGAAGAACCACUCGUCUUCUAUCGUUACUACACAAAGACACAUUGUGAAAAUGAAUGCCUGUCGAUCUAUUUCAUCGAUAAAUGUGGAUGUAUCCCGUUUUAUUUGCCCAUAAUUAGUCCGAAUGCCACAAUAUGCAACAUGAGUCGCCACUUUUGUAUUGAACAUGCCAAAUUGGCUCAUAAUCCGUUUGGAAGAUGUAUGUCACGCUGUCAGACUUCGUGCUUUGAAUUGAGAUUUUUACCGCACACAUUUUCAUCGCCUUUGGCCGUGCACAACUACACGGUAAAGAGCAACCUUUUGACUGCCUGGCCCAAGGAAGAGGUGCAACGCAACAUAGCUGUGGUGCAUUUCUAUUUUCGUGAAUCGGUCAUACAUUCGGAGCUGAAAAAUGUCUAUAUCGGGUUUACCGAGUUUUUGUCCAAUAGCGGUGGCAUUUUGGGUCUCUUUAUGGGUUUCAGUUUCAUCUCCGUUGCCGAGAUAGUCUACUUUUUGUUACUACGGCCCAUUUCAAAAUUUCUAUUACCAAAAAGAUAUCGCAAGUCCCCACUGCUUAUACAAGUUCGUCCAGCUCCCAAGAAAUAUAAACAUUGGUUGCCUGAUGAAAUAUGCAGAGUUGGUACGAAAUCUUAUUAUGCUAAGAGAGAAGGAGGUAGAAAGGAAUCCAACCGAUAUCCCUUAAAGAAAAAUUCAGUUUUAUAAAUUUUUAGUUUUGUUU